AUCGCUCCUUGCAACGUUUCCACCAUCACUCAUUCACGUAUUUCUCUUUGACCAUACAAUGGCACCAACUGGAUCGCAAUCUACAAUCAACGUCAAACUGCUUCUCAUAGGCAACUCAUCAGUAGGAAAAAGUAGUUUAUUACUGAGGUUUUCCGACGAGCAAUGGUUACCUGAAGAUGAAAGCAGCGCGACAAUUGGUGUGGACUUUAGGGUUCAUAAGAUGGACGUGAAUGGGAAGAAGGUCAAGCUCAGUAUAUGGGAUACAGCUGGCCAAGAGAGAUUUCGCACAAUAACCUCCUCUUAUUACCGCGGUGCCCAAGGGAUCAUUCUCGUUUACGAUGUAUCUUCUCGGGAAUCCUUCGAUGCACUUCCACGGUGGUACAGUGAGCUGGAAACCUAUGUUUCAGAUUCUGUCGUAAAGAUUCUUGUGGGGAACAAGGUAGACAAGGAAUUUUCCCGUCAAGUACCAACAGCUGAAGCAUCCGCUUUCGCUGAACGUAUGAACUCGCUGUUCAUCGAAGCUUCAGCAAAGAUGUCAGUAAAUGUCAAGGAGACUUUUCAGGAAGUAGUUGAGAAGAUAAUAGACACACCGGCAUUAUGGACUAACGGAACGGGUCAAUCCAAGGCUCAGAGAACUGACGGAGGUCGAGGAGGCGUUCCGGGAGGCGUUCAAGUCGUAGGUCUUUCAGAAGAGCAAACAGACCAUAGUGGGGCCUGUUCAUGUUGAAAUCAGAUCAAGUAGAACGAACCUUUUCCUAGAGGCUUGCAAUAUUUCUGAUACAUGCCUUGACACACGACCCAUAUGAUUCCAUAAUCUUUCAUACUUGAUACCAUUGACUAUGCUAAUACUAUACUGUACCCUAUAGAUAUACAUGGAUAUGAGAACAG